UGUUACUUGUGUUGGUAGUCUAAAAGUUAUAGGUUGUAUUUGACUGAAUUAAUGCGUUAGCAAUUCUUCUGUAGAUAAAGAAGAACGAUGAAGAUUAUAGACUACUUUCCGAGGAAUUGUUACAGGAGUUGAAAAAGAUGUCAAGAAGAGACAAUAGGAAGAAGAAGGAGAAAUUUACAAGCUUUGGACGACAGCCGCACUCUAGAAUACCGAAUAAAAAUACAGAAAUAUUUUCAGGAAAAGAAGAAUCAGCGGGGAUAAAUAAGAUGCAUUCCACAAAUACACCCAUGUUACCACCCGAGUUUCGAAAACCACAGAUCGAACUGAAUGUAGAAGAAUUAUCUCAUCUAAAAGAUUAUCUGCAAAGGAUAGGUUUACUGCCGCCAACCUCAGUCGACGAUCCUUUGCCAGAAGACACUCCUCCCUCAUACGAAGAAACGAUUUUGUUGACAACACUAAAACAGCAGAAAAAUAUAAGAGAAGUGUUAAAAGUACAUGGAGGAAGGCUUGGAUCAAUUGAAAGAACAGUGUCACAGACAAGACAAGUUACAGAUCAAACGCGCGAACUGCAACAAAAUAUGAACGAAAGGUUGCAAAACAUUGGACAGUCAUUGCUUAUGAAUAACGCAUUACAGAUGCGAACCUUCCAAACUGAUGUCACCAAAAGAUUUGAAACAGUGGAAAGAACAGUGACGGAGACAAGACAAAACAUGACAGAAGGAUUUGACAGGAUUGAACAUAGCAUACAAGAAUUGCAUCCACAAACAGAGUUAAUUGUAGAUCGCGUGAGCCAACGUGUUGUGGAAACGCUAUUGCAAAAUGAACCAUUAAGAGUCAGAAUACAGCCUAACGAAGAAUUAAUGAAAUGCAUAACAGACACAACUCCUAUUUGGCCCCUUGGACACAACAGAAUGCAUAAGUGUGAAAGGUGUAACUGCAUGAGACGAUGUAAUUGCAUUUGCCAUUCUCAAAACCAGUGGCGUAACUUUGAAAAACGGAGAGAUCAAGAAAGUAAAAUGCAUUCUGGCACAAGGAGAAAUAAAGAGUCGUCGAAUUUGCAAAGCACCAAGGAAGAUAUACAGUUACUCGGGGCAACUGGGGGUGAUCCAGAUGAAAGUCCCAGUGAUGAUCCGUCUAGUGAUGAUGAUGACAGUAACGGUAACAAUAAGGGGGGCUAUGAGAAAAAGAAAAAAGACAAAAGAAGGAAAACAUGGAAGAUAGAUAAAGAUGCAUGGCUCAAGUGUAUCAAGGAAGGAGGCGAUUUAAAACAUCAGGCGGAAAGUUUAUUAAGUGAAAGAAAGUUGCCAGAUCAAAUUGCGCUGAACGCUAUAAGAUCAAAGUACGCACAUUUGUCUUUAGUUAUUUCUAAAAUUUGCGAUAAGGUUUGCGUUUAUAUCAAGGAGAAGUCAGAAGAAAUUGCACAUGUUUGGGCUGCUACAAAUUAUUCAAAGGAUUCCUUGCCUAAUGAUCAUGACAUUGUUUUUGUUGUCCUGACAACAGAUACAACAGUUAAAAUAAACGAGGAAAAUUUUGCUAUAUAUCAAAGAUAUUUCUUGCAAGUCGAUGAAACCGACCGGAACAAAGAAAUAGAAAUAAUGGAAUACAAUAACCUGCCAACUUCUGAAGAAAUUGAAAAACUUGAGAAAUGUUUGAAAGAAAAUGCAAAGUCAUUGAUGAAUAACCAUAGCAACCUUACUAGGGUGACAGCAAGUUGGUUCAGAACAGAUCGUAAUGAUACUGAACACCUAUCAUUAAGAAAGGAAUUGUGUAUUGCACUCUAUGUCCACAUUAAAGGAUAUAUACCAGUGGGUGAGAAAUACUUCCCAACCGAAAUCGGAGGGUUUCCAGUGGUUGUCCGAGAGGGCAUUUUUACACUUUGUAAGGGUCCAAAUGAGUAUCAUGAGAAUGUGAAAAUGGGUUGUGCAAUCGGUGCAGAAAUGGUUGGUACUCUUGGAGCAUUUAUAGAAUUUGAAAAUGAUAAUGAUUUAUAUGGGCUUACGUGUGCACAUGUUGUAUUUGGUCAUGAUAAACUUAAGGCUAUACUUCAAAAGGGAAUAUGUGUAUUUGACGAUGGUAUUGUUGUUUGUCAACCUGCCAAUACAAAUUAUAAACCUCUUGGCAAAACAGUGGCGGCAGUUUAUAAAAGUGGAGGAAAUGGAAUAUCAGGAAUGGAGUUUACAUUAAUAAGAAUUCACCAGAGCAGAUGGCCUACUGAAGGCACAUUCCCCGAUGACUCUGACUAUUUGUCAGCAGGAUUUGGACCAGACACGCCUUUUGAAUUUGCUUCCGGAAAUACUUUGAACACAAGACGUCUCCCUUUUCCCUUAGUGUAUAAAUACGGUUGUGAAAGCAAACUCACACAAGGAGUGUGUCGAGUAAAUGGUUCAUCGGUUCGAACAUUGAAAUUUCAAGACAACAUUCUUGAUACUGAAUUAGUUUUGCAUGAUCAGAUCGAAAUAAUGAAUAUAGAAUCGCAGUUUGCUUUAAAGGGGGAUUCAGGUGCACUUGUUUUUAUAAAAGAUGAAAACAAAGAGCUUUCUGCGUUUGGAAUGUUUGAAGGGAAGUUCCAAGGUACUAAUAUUUAUGUAUGUACGCCAAUCUACGAUGUCCUUAACGAAAUAAAACGGAUUUGUAACAAGCAAUGCAGAUUUAAAAGAUUUCUACCAUCUGAUUCACAAAUAAAUGAUCCGAGGCUGCACGAUCAGUUGCAUGACACAGUAAUGUCACUUUCCGGAAGUGUGUCGCAACUGCAUGGAAGAUUAGAAUCUCUUGAUCAAGGUUUUGCAAAACAUAAACUAGAAAUAUCAAAUGAACUUGGUGAAUAUUUAAAAAGGACUCUGGAAAUUAGUGAUCAGCAAAAGAUUCAAAGAGAAGAACUUAAGAAUCAAAAUGACGAAUUGAAAAAGCAAGGUGACGAGCACAUAAAACAGAGUCAGGAAAUAAAGGAACGUCAAGAAAGACAAGAAAAGCAAAGCGAAGAACUUAAAGAGGAAUUAAGAAGGCAAGGUGAUGAGCAUGUAAAACAGAGCCAGGAAAUAAAGGAACGUCAAGAAAGGCAAGAAAAGCAAAGCGAAGAACUUAAAGAGGAACUACGGAGGCAAGGUGAUGAGCAUGUAAAACAGAGCCAGGAAAUUAAGCAACGUCAAGAAAGGCAAGAAAAGCAAGGCAAAGAGCUUAAAGAGGAACUAAGGAGGCAAGGUGAUGAGCAUGUAAAACAUAGUCAGGAAAUAAAGGAACGUCAAGAAAGGCAAGAAGCGAAAAGUGAAGAACUUAAAGAGGAACUAAGAAGGCAAGGUGAUGAGCAUGUAAAACAGAGCCAGGAAAUAAAAGAAGGACAAGAAAGACAAGGCAACGAACUAAAAGAUGAAUUAAAGCAAAUGACACAAAUAUUGAUGCUAUUAACUCAACAAAAAUCGUAAUUCAUUGUAUGCACUUUUAAUAAAUAGUUUCAAUACAGAUUUUCGAUAAGUUAAAAUUGAAAUGGAUAAUAUACGUAUAAGUUGUUCAAAAUAUGAUAUGUGAAUAGAAUGUAUUAAAAGAGAAAAACGUCAAGUUACAACAAAAUAGUUAUGAAAGUCACAUCAUGAUGACUACAAUCGUUCAGAAUUUAGCUUUAUAGACUUAUACGUUAUGCAAUAUGUUAAUUAUUUAUUAUAACAAGUAUUUUAUGAAAAACAUGUUAUAUCUUUUUAAGAAGAUAAUCGACGUUAAAAAGGAGCUCCACUGAGGUCCAGAAGCCUAAAAUGAAAUAAAAUUUGAAAUUCUUGCACAGAUCAACAGUUUCACUGAAAAUGGAAAAAAAAAUGCAAGACAUAUAAUUGAGAAAUAUGCUCAAAAUGAAUGAAAAAUCCAUUUUGAGCGGUUUUUGUCUUGUUCUUCAUUUUUGGGUCAUGAUGCGCUAUAAAGGUAUUAUUUAGGAAAAACUGAGUAAGCAAAUGAUAUCAAAUUAUGCACAUAAGUUAUUGGUCAAAACAUUAAUCAAAUGAAACGGUAAUUUCGUAAAAAUAUUUAAAGGUUCUCGUCAAUAGAAAACCCUCAGUGGAGUCCCUUUUAUUCAGUAAAUGUUAAUUGCAUUAUAGAUUCGGAAUAUUGUCAAAGUCAUUAAAGAAAUGAAUGAUAUAUUAAUGGUAAUUUGCUUACCGAUCUCAAUCUUUAAGGUGAAUUCGAGGGUUCAAAGGUAAAAGGUAAUAACUGCCAUUUUCUACAUUUCGAGAAAAACGCAAAAAAACAUAUAUUUUAAUACAACUUUAUUUUCCGUAAUAUUUUUAUAACAAUUUUGAUUCUCCCAUAUUUGUUGACUACAUUAGAUCAUAUUUUGUUUAGUUUACCUUGCUUGGUGCUGAUUAAACACUGUAAUUAUGUUUUGUUUUAAAGUUCUAUGAUCAAAAUAAUAUCAUUUUACAGAAGUAAAAGGUAAUAAAUGUACUUAGAUCCUGUCAAGACAACAAGUUUGAGCGGUAAAAGGUGAUAACUGCCCUUACGACCUUUUACUUCUGAAGGUUUAGCAAUAAAAGUUCGAGAUAAAUUGUGGAAAAAGGUUGUAAGUGCAGUACAGCCUUGUUCCUCUGAAAAUAAUUUAGAUGUUGCAGUAAUUGUUACUGUUGCAAAUUAAUUAAUUAUGUCCUUACUUUGAAGAACCUUACGUAAUGUCAUUAACACACAAGCACAAUAAUACUCGUACACAAAAUUGACAAUUUUCAUUCAUAGAAAUAUGAAAUAUGUACCUGCUCAAUAUUUAGAUUCUACAGAAAUAAAUUGAUAACUAAAAAGUUAGGGAAAUACGCACUAAAAUCUAAGUUUACAAAUUUUCAUUUAUUUUGAAUGUUCUCUGGUAUAUAAUCGAACUGAAGCCAAACAGACCCUAGACAUCAGCAAUUAAGGAUAUUAGUGACCCAUAUCAUAGUUAAGUAAAUAAAGACUACUGUUUCAUGUCACAAAAUGUGAAUGUUUGCCAUUAAUUAUUCCAUGACCUUCACUCUUUUGUUUCACUCUCACUAACAGAAGGCACUUGAAGUUUGUCUUUUAUAGAUUUGCUGCAUGGCAAUGACUCGUAGUAUGAUUCGUACUCCUUCGGAAUUGUCUAAGAGGCAACAAGUGACAUCAAAUUAGCUUUUUUUGCAGCAUAUUCUGAACGUUUCUCUGUAUAAGCCUUUCGUGGGGAAUUAAGAGACUUUUCUUUGCUUCUGCUCUUCUUCUGCAUUAAUCUAACUUCAUUGAACUCACUAACAUCAAAAACCAUAGUUCACAAAAAUAAUCUAUUCUUUCAUUUUUUUGUCUUUACGAACUUGAAUCCAUUUUACAUUCAGCCAAUUAACACGUUCUCCAUCAACAUCAAUUUUCAUUGAGCCAAAGUUUUGUUCUUUGUACAACUUGUAAUCUAGUAUGUCAGUGUAUUUUAUAAGAACGACAAUAUAUGGUUGCUUCCGGCGUGCUAAUGAAAUAACUGUUUCCCACUGAGAUGGAACAUGUACUUUUGUGAGGCUUUUUGCAUGCUCGAUAGAUGCAUGUAUGGAAUCACAUUCCAUUUCUGAAUGACCACUUUCGAGUAAAUUGUGGUUUAUACACUUGAUGUGAGGAAUAUACUGGACACAGUGAACUAAGCAACUUGCAACAAACUGAUUCUGUCCCCCACAUGUAUCACUAUAUAAUGUCACUUCUUCAAUAACAGAUGUCUUACUUGCAUCAGAAGUAACAUACAAGUACACACAAGUUCCUACUUCGCACGAGCCUCGUUUCCCCUGUGUCUCAUCCCAAAGAUAACAAGUCCAGUUACCAUUUCCCAGUUCAUAGAAUGACAAAUUGUAACAAGACAGUUUUCUUUUGUAAUAAAGUUCACCAAUUAAACUGCAUGGUGUUUGACGAUACAGCCCUUGAUAUCAAAUGCCGACGCAGAAAACUUUGGAUCUUUCUUUGCCCGUUCUUUAUCGGCUGAUUUUUCCAUUCUAGCAUUGUUUUUUCUUUUUUGGUGUGCCUGACAUUUUGCUUUUGUUGCCUCACCUAGUCUAGCUUCUAUUCUCAAAGUGUCAUACAGAUUGCAGAGUUUACAUUGAUCUUUCUUAGGAAGGAAGAAAGACAAGUUAUAUUCUGUACAGAAAAUGUUUCUGUACACAGCCUCUGAAACACACCUUCUAUUUUGUCCUUUGCAUUUUUCUACAUACAAUGAUGUGUUUCUUUACAAAUGAUCUGUGAUAUUUCUUUGUUUUAUUUCCAGGCACAGCUUUCCCUUUCUUGUCAUUUCCAACAUAUAACCCUGCCACUUUGUGCUUAACUGCGUUUGCAACUGUUUUGGAACCGACAUUGAGAGUUUUUAGAAAAAGUCAUUGCACACUCUAACCAUUUUGCCACCAACUGUGAAGAAAAACGAAUUUGAAAUAGUUCUUUGUUUUCUUCUCUGUUUAGAUACCUUCUCUGGUUCUUUAUUGGCAACAUGGAAACAAAUAAACUUUGCCUCUGACUUUUGUAAUCACCCAUUGACCAGUAUGUACUUAAUAUUUUCUGUCUUUCAUCUUCGGUUAUAUUCUCAUUGCAUUCAAAUCAACAAGAUAAAUGUCUUGGGGAAAGAAAUAACAGAUAGUGCCUGUGAACUGUAUGAAUGCAGUAUUCUGUCAGAGGAAAAAGGUGAUAAAAUCAGUUAUAACCUUUUUCCACUACAGAUUCUUCACAACAAGGGGAACAACAAGUAAACAACAGGUAAUAAGUACACUUAGAACCUUUUACCCCUACAUAAUUUGUAGAAAAGAAGUUAUUACAAAAUACUUUUUAAUGUUUUGCCCUUAUAAGGAUUGAAUAUUUGUAUAAUAUUUUCGCCAAACAUAAAGGACAAUAAGUACAUUAUAAAAAACAUAAAAGGUCGAUUUCAGCAAAAAUGGCAGUUAUAACCUUUUACCUUUGAACCCUCGAAUUAUACUUUAAAAAUAUUUAAAUAUAUAUUAUAUAUACAUGUC